AUGCCUGGACGCCUGCCAAAGAAGGAGGAUUUCCCAUCUUCGAUGGUGUUCGACAUCAUCCCUCCCCCAGGAAAUCACCCUCCUACGAACGUUCUCAUCCUUCUUCAUGGCCUUGGAGAUACCUAUACUCCAUUUACCAAACUAGCCCAAGCAAUACAGUUACCGGACUCGGUUUGCAUCUCUCUCCGUGCCCCUUCCGUCUUACCCUUUGACGAGGGGCGCUUUCACUGGGCGGACGAUCUCAUUCUCAAUGAGGCUACAGGGAACCUAGAUAUGGAUGGAGGGUUCAAGGCGGCGACCAAAUCAUUGCUGGACAUGAUCCGGAACAUCCUCAUGGACAAGUGCGGAUACAUUGCAAGAGAAGUGGCAUUGUGGGGAUAUGGGCAAGGCGGAUGUGCUGCUCUGGCUUGUGCUACGGGUUUGGACGAUGAUGAAGAGUUGUGUGCAAUCAUCAGUAUUGGAGGACCUUUUCCCGAUAGUGUCGUCAAACCUAUUAAGGGAGAGGCAAAAGAUAUAACGACAAGAAAGCUCCAGACCCCCAUCUUGGUAUGCCAUGGCAACAAGUCGUCGAAUGUCACAGACGCCAGCAUUGAACGGUGCCGGAAUAACUUUGAGCACGUCAAAGUUGUCACCUGGGCGCGAGAGGGAGACUCUAUGCCGAAGAAUAGGGAGGAAAUGCUUCCAAUUAUGAUAUUCCUUUCACAAAGACUCAAAAGCUUACGAGGAGUGCCUGCUGGGGCAGUUGAGAUUGGUGCGAGAUAG